AUGGUUACCUCGACGGUGGCUUGGUCUGGUAUCGGGUUCCCUUCUACUGAUCUGGACCUCGUUGGAUCGGACGUCAUCAUCGGGCUCCCGGACGACCCUUCCGUGUUGGAGUACGAGGUCUUGGGAGAGACGGCGGAAGAGGUGGUUGUGUUCGAGCAGCAAGACAUCACGGAAGCCUCGGUCGUCCAGGCCGACGGCAGCACGACCCUAUCCUUCAUCAGACCCCUGUCUCCGGGGGGCAACAAGCAGAACAUCUCGUACGAAGCGGGCGACACGACCAAGUUCAUCUUCGGCCAGGGCGCGGACAACGACCUCGGCGUCAUCAGCGACGUGACGUGGUCGGGGAUGAGGGUGGACCUCUACUGCGGCACCGGCGGCAUCGCCGCCCUCGCCCGAACACCGGCCCCGACCGUCGUCGGCGGGGGUACCGGGGAAACCCCGGCGCCUGUCGCGGCGGUGGCGGACGGGGAGACCCCGGCGCCUGUCGCGGCGGUGGCGGACGGGGAGACCCCGGCGCCUGUCGCGGCGGUGGCGGACGGGGAGACCCCGGCGCCUGUCGCGGCGGUGGCGGACGGGGAGACCCCGGCGCCUGUCGCGGCGGUGGCGGACGGGGAGACCCCGGCGCCUGUCGCGGCGGUGGCGGACGGGGAGACCCCGGCGCCUGUCGCGGCGGUGGCGGACGGGGAGACCCCGGCGCCUGUCGCGGCGGUGGCGGACGGGGAGACCCCGGCGCCUGUCGCGGCGGUGGCGGACGGCGAGACGCCCGCGCCUACCCCGGCUGAUGGCGACCGGGGGAUCACGACCACCGACGGGGAGACCGCCGCGCCCACCGUAGAAGCCGACGGAGUGCCGACAACGGAGGGCCCAACAACCGUGGACGAGGCUGACGGCCAGGGGGACGCAGACGGCGCGUUCCACGCAGCCGCUGGGGCCGGGUGGGCGGCGAUGGCGGCGGCAGCGACUGGCGUAGCGACGGUGCUGGCCGCCUUGUCGCUGUAACCAACCGGCGUCGUGCAGGUUUAAGAACAUGCGUGCCUAUCGUUGCUCUUGAGGGGCAGCGU